AUGAAAGUAUAUAGAGAAGAAUAUGAUUAUAGACGUCUACAUUGCAUGCGUUUAUUAGCAAUAAAAAAAGCAAGAAAAGGUACACGUAUAGGUUUAUUAUUAUCUUCCUUAGGUAGACAAACAUCCGUGGGGCUGGCAGAAGAUCUUAUUAACCUUUUGCAUGCAAAAAAUAAAUUCCCUGUACCUAUUCUUAUUAAUGAAUUUACUCCUAAUAAAUUAAAAACACUCAAUACACAACUUGAUGCAUUCGUACAGAUAGGGUGUCCUCGUUUAUCUAUUGAUUGGGGAGAAUCCUUCGAUGCUCCUCUCUUAUCUCCUUAUGAAGCAUUUGUUGCCUUUGGUGAUCAGCCUUACCUCCCUGUUUACCCCAUGGAUUACUACGCCAAGGAUGGAGGCCCCUGGACAAAUUAUAAUACUUCUACUGGAGACAGGAGAGGUUCGCUGGCAGUGAAGGAACCUGUAAACUCCAAGAAGGCUGAGCUUAUGGCAAGGCUGCUGCAGCGGCAGCAGCAGAGGAGACAGAUGGCUGCCGCUGCUGCUGCUGCUAAUAGUGAUGGUGCUGCUCCUCAGUCCAAUCAGCUGCAGCAGCAGCAACAGCAGCAGCCACAGCAGAGUGUUGACUUGUAA